AUGCAAACGGAUGGUGAAGGCAUGCCAAGUCACCCCUACUUAUCGGUAUUUUCUCUCUCAUUUUCUAUCUAUCUAUCUAUCUAUCUAUCUAUCUAUCUAUCAUAUCUGUUCACAUCUAUCUAUCUAUCUAUCUAUCUAUCUAUCUAUCUAUCUAUCUAUCACAGUCCUUCAUAUCUAUCUAUCUAUCUAUCUAUCUAUCACAGUCCUUCAUAUCUAUCUAUCUAUCUAUCUAUCUAUCACAGUCCUUCAUAUCUAUCUAUCUAUCUAUCUAUCUAUCAUAGUUUAUUAAUAAUGCUCUCGCCCAAUCUGUUCAUAUUUGAGUCUGUUCACAUCUAUUAUCAUCUAUCUAUCUCUAUCUAUCUAUCUAUCUAUCUAUCUAUCUAUCUCAGUUUAUUAAUAAUGCUCUCGCCCAAUCUGUUCAUAUCUAUCUAUCUAUCUAUCUAUCUAUCUAUCUAUCUAUCUAUCUAUCUAUCCCACUCUCUUCUCUCUCAUACAUUCUUUUAUCCCUCUCAUUCUUUCUAUCAUUCUCUCUCUAUUCCUCUCUUUCUUUCUCCCAUUCCCUCUUUUUCUCUCUAUUUCAAUCUUUUCUUGAUUAUUGAUGUUUCUAUGUGCCACAUUUUCUCUCUUUCCCUCUUAUUCUUUCUCUCAUUCUCUCUCUCUUAUUCUCUCAUUCUCCCUCACAUCCCCUUUCGCUCCCUCCUUUCUUCCCCUCACUCUCUUUAUAUCUAA